GCUACUAGUGGGAGGAUAAUGCAUGGCAAAUAAAGCAUUGAAAUCUCGGGGUCUAGAUAGCUGACAGAAUAUAAUUUCAAAGCCACCUCAAGGCUCUCAGGUUUUCGUUUGCUACCCUCAUCACAGCAGCCGGUCCUACAUCUCUGCAUAACCUCUCCACAGAAGUAUUUCCUGUCUGAAUCCCCGCAUCAUUCUGGAUUCCACCUCUAUCCGGAUAAUUGCAUUUCCCCCACCGCAACAACCCUUUUUAAGCUUCGCAACAACAGUCUUGACUGUCUCGCCAUUGCUUCAAGAUGACCCUUCCCCACUCCCUCUCCUCCAAAUCCCUCAAGCUCAUCGAUGACAUCUACGCACAGAAGUACACACGAAGCUCCUCCUUCCAGACGCUUAAAGAGCUCCCUACGCCCUCCGUAAUCGCACAGUUGUUCGACGAACUCCGCAACUCGGAACUCACAUACAAACACGUCCUCGCGCAGCUCUUGGCCUGCUGCAAGCCCUCGAACCGCAACCUGCGAGUCUCCGGCCUCGCCCCGAAAAGCCACUACUCGCAGUAUGACGAAUCCCCCACCGUCACCAACGCUGUGCGUUCCCUCAUAACAAAACACACCCAGCUCUUACGGCUCUUGGACCAGGACGAUUUCACCGCCAGCUUUAUCGACUGGGUGGAAGACGUGGUGGGCACCUACGAGAGCUACAUUCGUAACUAUAAGGAUGAUAUUGACGCCCUAGACUUUGAAAAGGUGCUUGUGCGUAAACCGUUGAUGAGGCUCCGCUACCUCACAAAAUUCCUCGAAACGCUCAUCAAGGUCUCGGCCGAGGCGGGCGACUUCGCGCACAUCGACCACCUCAGCACGUGCUUCGAAAAGGUGUCGACGCUACUUGUCAAUGCCAAGCUAAAACUAGAGUCGGAGCUCCAGGACGCAGAUGCGAAUAGCAUUGGCUUCGGCAAGGUCCGCAUCUUGGAGCGAAUGACACCGUGCGCCGCCGCGUUCUCCCUCACCGACGUCCUCAAGCGCGGUCGCUUCUUUGUUAGCCUCAAGCACCCAAUCAUGCCUAUCGAGGAUAUGCUCUGUGAGGCGUUUCUUCUCAAGAAUGGGAACGGCCAGUCAGACAAGUCGGGUUUCGCUGCUAGCGUAAGUUUCUCCCCUGAUCUGGCCACUGGCCUUGCUAUCUGUGCUAUCGAAGCCGUGGGCCGCUCCUUGCUCUUUCCUCCGUUCAGACCUGGCGAGCUCUCCAUCAUGGAAUUGGACGGAAAAGGCAUCACUCUAACCCCAGCCUUGAAGGAAGACGCUGAAGACAUCCUCCUCCACUUGGAGUUUCUUGAGCCCAGGGAGGCGCCCCUCUGGACCGCAUGCUUCCGCGAGCUUUUCCAGGAGAAGCACCAGGACCCGCUUCCAGCGACAUUCAAGCAAACCGGGUUGGGGCUCAUGGAGCCAACCGCGGAAUUACACCUCCCGCAAGGCCUAGCCCCUGAAAACCCCAAAAACGAUCCUGCCGAUGCUUCUGACGAAUUCUACUUUCCAGCUGCUCCUUCGUCGCAGAAACUCUUCAAAAACAUCUCAGGAGUGACUCAACCCGGUUCCAUCUACAACGGAAUGCUGUCCAAGCUGUCACCGCUAGGUGGAGCGGCGUCCAUGCCGUCAUUCCAGUCGACUGAAUCGCCGUUUUUGGACGAAAAGUCGGGAAAGAUUAUGGUCAAACACUCACCUAGCCUCAGCCAAGACUUGCCCAGCCCCGAGCUCUCGCCUCACUGUGAGGUUCUGCCUGGCACCAGACUGCUGUCUCACCGGGACCUCUCGUCUGGUAGCUUGGUGCUUCCAGUGCGCCAGUCCGUGGCGAGCAACCGGGUCAUGGACUGUAUCAACUCGUCACCGAUCCAUCAGCACACCACUUCGUCGGCUGCCUCGUUUGGCGAAGUAUCCCCAGGAAAACCCGGGAGUCUCAACACGUCGCCGCUAGAACUUUCCGAGAUCAGCUCCUACAAGACAGACAACCGCACGGAGGAUACGCCCCAGCUCGAUGGCCAGUCGACCGUAGACAGCGAUCUGGUGGGCUACGACUGCGACGAAGAAUCGUUUUCAGACUUUGAGAUUGUCACCUCGGCUGCGCUCAAUGCGCGAGCCCCAGAGCCAAAGUCAAUGCCUACAGUUACGCCAAAGGAGCCGUCUAAGGACUACACGUUUGGGGGUGAUUACACCCCAAGUUUUGCCCCCAAGGCGCGUGACUUUUCCAGCUUUGGCAAGGAGUACAAGCCUGAUUUCUCGGCGGAACCCAGGAAGAAGUCCAUCUUCUCCGUGUUCAAAAAAAAGAAGGAGCCAAAACCGGUGGUGAAGCCGCCUCAACCGAUGGCAGAGAAGCCGAUGACCCCGAAAGAGAUUUUCAACAAGGCGAAGGAGAGUAGUUCGCCGGCUAUCCAGCAGCGAAAGGCGUCCGCGUCGACCGUCAAGGAGCAGAAAUCUGGUCUGGGCUCGGUUGACCCCCCGUUCCGCUUCGCCCAGAAUAACAACAGCUCCUCCACCCUUGUCCUUUCCUCGUCUUCUUCGCGCAACAGAAUGAACCUCGCGGUGGACACUAACAUGUCCGCGCCAGCCUAUUCGGGGCCUGCCUCCGCGACCUCCUUGCCGUCGCCGUUUGCCCCGGCGACGUUCGCGACCAAGAAGCCGGAAGACUCUGAAAAUGUCCGCGCAGUUCUCGCGCGCUGUACAGUGCUCUAUGAGGCCCAGUGCCGCGCAUCCCAAUGGCGCUUCAACCAAUGGCAGCGCAUGGGUCUCACCGAUGAGACGCUUGUGAGGAUCGUCGUCGCAGAGGAUGAGGCGUAUCUCUGCGUAUACGAAACCGCGCGCGCCGACAACCUCGACCCGGUCGCGUGCAUGCCGUUGAGUGCGGCCUAUUCGAUAUUCGCGCCCUCCAGUAGCUUGGACGUAGAGUGCCGCACGCGCGAGUCUGUCGAGCGUGCAGGCCAGGUAGCGGUGUUGGUGCGGUCGAACUCGGGCGCGGAGUCGACCGCGUUGGUGGAGUCCCUUGAGACGGCGUGUUCGGGGCUCAAACGACUCGCGUUCUUGGAGGAGACACACGGAGACCCGCGCAUGCCGAGCAGCAACACUGACUCCAGUAUCUCCACGAAUGGCACGCUCGAGUCGCGCGGCUCCAUCCUCAUCUCCGCCAACGUCUCCUCCAGCAUGUCAAGCAUUCCGUCGGGGAUGCUUGACGUGAAUCGUUGGCAAAAGCCUUUGUUCGGCCUGCUCCAGCGCGUCGGGUCGUCGGAUUCGAUGCGUGGGCCUUAUUUGCACAAUGAUAGCGGCUCCACCGUUAGUUUACCUGUCUCAGGCAGCUCCAGACAGGUGCUGGUGUUGUCCGAGACGGUGGUCCAAAAGCAUGAACUCUUGUUGUUACAAAACGUCAAAGUGGUGGUGUAUCGGACGACUGCGACCUUAUCCGCUGCCGAAGUUCCGAAUUUGAAACACUAUGACGCGGUGGAUGCGUCACGUUUGAGCUUGUUGGCGGUGACCGGACUGAAAUUGUAUCACUUAGUGCUUGGAAAGAGUGCGGAUGUGUUUGCGGAGCAGGACGGGUUCAGUAGAGUGGGGAAGAAGAGUUUGAGAGUAGUUCCGUGCGCAGGCAAUGAGGCAUUUUUGGUGGUGUUCCGGAGUAGCAAGGACGCAGACAGGGUGUGGGUUUUGGUUGACAGUUGUUAAUCCAUAACUAGUGCGUAGCUCUUGAUGGUUAGGCAUUGGAUUGUGAAUUGCUUGAUAUUACCAGCUGCUGAGUAAUCCAUGUCUUUUCCUGACUGAUACUAGUUGUGCCAUUUGGAUGACCUCUGGGCGAGUUCUCUUAGAUUUGGAAAUGCUCUGGGGGUAAUAUAAAAUAGUAAAUAAUGUUUGUAACAGAUGUAUAUAAAUGGUGGGAAAUCUUU